CACACACACACAUAUAUAUAUAUAUAUAUAUAUAUAUAUUUGAAAACAGCAAUUCUUAUAGCUCUAACAUAAGUACAUUCUGCCAAAUCAAAAGAAAGUAAAAAAUAUAAGGGAGGACAUGUGUCUCCUACGGAUGUAUCUAAAAUUUUUCUCUUCAUUAACAAAAUUUUAGGUGACUAAUGUGGCUUACUGCGCAUUGGUCCUCUUUAUCCUCAAAAAAAAUUUAGGAAGGAGUGCAGACGAUGAAGAUUUAUUGGGGUUUUUCUUGUGCAUAUAUGCGAGAAAAGAUUGAUCUCACUCCACCUUCUCUCUCUCAAACACAUGAAAAAAAGAAAAAAGAAACUACGAUGCUUAAUUUCAUCAUGGGAAAUAUAAAUAUCCAUAAGAGGCUAGAACUUAUAUUAUCUCCACUCUUGCAUAAUAUCUAAAUCUUGGUUUAGUUUUCAUGCAAAUAUUACAUUAUUUUUCUAAAGUUAUUUGUUUCAGUAUUUGCUCUUCUAAUAUACGUAUCCUCAAAAAGAAUAUCAGUUUCUCAAGUACGACUCUAAUUUAGUAACAAGCAAUAUAUACAAAUAUUCAAAAUAAAACAAUAAAUAUCUACAAUAAACAUUUUAAUCAUUUAAAUUAAAAAUUAGUUUUAAAAUAUAUUUUUACCUUCUCUACAAUCAUAUCAGUAUUUUUUUAACCUUUUUUAUGUAUAAUUUCUUCUUUGAAAAAGUGUUUUCAUGGAUUUUUUUUUUUUUUUUUUGCGCCGCUGCUUAAAAUGCAUUUGAUUGUAAACCUUCAUGAUAGCAGUGAUUAUUUGUUCAUAAGAAAACAAAAUUGAUGCAAAUCUCCGUCGAGUACGAAUACGGUCAUUUAAAUAUUCAUUUGUCGCUUAUUUUGUUGGUAUUUUCUACGUGCACCCAGUUCAAGAUAACCCAGCCUCAAACCAUUUGUCAGAUAAGUUUUAUCCAAGGGACCGCAGAAAAUGCUUACGCGGGCCCCAAUCCACCGUCCACUUCCAUCUCCCACCUCCACAUAAUCUUAUCCUAACACACGGCAACUCACGCGGCUGGACGAGAUCAAGUCACCCAGAACGUGGACGGCGAUCUUGGGUUCCCGCGUAGAAAGUUUUAUGCGGUCGAAGCGUUCGGAUCGUGCUGUCUCCUUGACUUGUCUGCGCGGAUCCCACUGUGGUCGGUUUGUAAGUUCUAAAAGGAUCCGCUGAGACUGAAGCAGCAAAAGCCAACGGCGAAAGAGCAAGAAUAGGAGAGAGGGGAGAGAAGUCGCAGAGAGAGAGAGAGAGAUGAGGAACCCGUCGUCAAGGUCAGGCCCAGGAUCUUCGUCGGCUUUGUCGUCGCCGGCGGCGGGUUCGAGGUCGGUGAUGAAGCAGCGGCAAAAAGGAGCGCCGACGCCGUGCUGCAGCAAGGUGGGGGUGAAGAGGGGGCCGUGGACGCCGGAGGAGGACGAGGUGCUGGCGAAGUUCGUCAGGAAAGAAGGGGAGGGGCAGUGGCGGACGCUGCCGCACCGCGCGGGGCUCCUCCGCUGCGGGAAGAGUUGCCGCCUCCGGUGGAUGAACUACCUCCGCCCCUCCAUCAAGCGCGGCCCCAUCGCCCCUGACGAGGAGGACCUCAUCCUCCGACUCCACCGCCUUCUCGGCAACCGGUGGUCACUGAUAGCUGGGAGGAUCCCCGGGCGAACCGAUAACGAGAUCAAGAACUACUGGAACACCCACCUCAGCAAGAAGCUAAUCAGCCAAGGCAUCGAUCCCCGCACCCACAAGCCCUUGAUCUCCUUCUCCACGAAUCCUGAUGCCCUCCUCCCGGAGGGUCCCAAAAUCCAGCCGCCAGCAAGAAUACCAUGCCGCAACCCUAACCCUAACCCUAAUGCAAACCCUGCAGGCUCCCCCAUACCUUCUGUUCACCAACAAAUAAGUGGUGGUCAUGGAGGCGUCGGCCCUCAUGACGAUCGUGAUGGCUUCUUCGGCAGCGUGAGUCUGGAACAAGAUGAUGGAUGGCAGAACACCGAGGCGUCUGCUUCCAUGGAUUUGCAGGGAAGCCAAGGAGGAGGUGACACUGGAGAAGAUGAUGUCCUCUCCUCCUUCCUCGACUCUCUCAUCAAUGAUGACAUUUUCCUGCAGAACCAGCACCAGAAUGUUAAUUGUAAUGACAACAACAACAACGGGCAGAUUCAAUCAAACGAUCCUAGUAUAUCUUUAGGACCAGGUUUUGGCCUUGGAACAUUAUGGGAAUCUACCUUCGCGUCUCCAGCUCGUCUGGAUGAGGAGAUUCAUGGGCAAGUUGUAGACCAUGCAGGCAAGUAG